GCGGCCGUGACGUUGGAGCGUGCUGGCCUGGGAACAGCCGAACUGUCGCCGGUGUGUGUCACGGGAGCGCGGACGACGUUGGCGGGCUGUGAGAUGACUGUUACCAAUUUCGGCACGAUGCGCCCCUGCUUCGCUGGUUACCCGUUCCAAGGCCAGGGCCGCGUGAACCAGCUGGGCGGCGUGUUCAUCAACGGGCGGCCGCUGCCCAAUCACAUCCGUCUGAAGAUCGUCGAGAUGGCGGCGGCGGGCGUACGGCCGUGCGUGAUCUCGCGGCAGCUGCGCGUGUCCCACGGCUGCGUCUCCAAGAUCCUCAACCGCUACCAGGAGACGGGCUCCAUCCGGCCCGGCGUCAUCGGCGGCUCCAAGCCGCGCGUCGCCACCCCGGAGGUGGAGGCGCGCAUCGAGCACUACCGCCGCGAGAACCCCGGCAUCUUCAGCUGGGAGAUCCGUGACAGGCUGAUCAAGGACGGGCUGUGCGACCGCAGCACGGCGCCCUCGGUGAGCGCCAUCUCGCGGCUGCUCAGGGGCCGCGACGGACACGACGACGGCAAGCUGCCCGACGGCAAGACGAGCGACGGCAGCGACUGCGAGUCCGAACCGGGCAUCCCGCUGAAGCGCAAGCAGCGCCGCAGCCGCACCACGUUCACGGCGCAGCAGCUGGACGAGCUGGAGAAGGCGUUCGAGCGCACGCAGUACCCAGACAUCUACACCAGGGAGGAGCUGGCGCAGCGCACCAAGCUCACCGAGGCCCGGAUUCAGGUGUGGUUCAGCAACCGGCGCGCGCGCCUGCGGAAGCAGCUGUCGAGCAGCGCGGCGGGGUACGCCCUGCCGGCCGGCUACCCCGCGCCACAGUACCUGCUGCCCCCGGACUCCUUCGCCGCCUCCACCACCGCGCCGCCUCCAGUGUCGGAGCACCACGGCGCGGCGGCGCUGUACUCGCCGCACCACCACGGACACCACGCGCACGCGCACGCGCACGCGCACGGCCACCACGCGGCCAUGCUGCCGGCCAUGGGCGCCGCCGCCGGCGGAUACUCGCAGGUCAGCGCCGCCACCGCCGCCGCCGCCGCCGCCGCUCUGCUUUCCUGCGGCGACUCCACCGAACGCGAGCCUCGUAAGCGCUCUAGUCUGAGUCAGAAGCCAGAGAAGGAGACAACACGAGCUGAAGGGGAAAACGAGCACAAACGCUUGAAGGUCAUCCGCGAAGGUCGCCCAAAAGGAAAAUAUCGACGUCGCAGGCUGUCUCGUGAGUGUAGCGGCGGCGGCAGCAGCGCUGACGGGGCAGAGAGCUGCUCAAUGAGCCGGGGACCUCUUGUCAGCGGCGGCUGCUGGGAUUCGCUGGCGUCGCCACAACGUGCUGUGCGAUGA